GGUUAUAUGAUGAAUAACUGUCGUUUCUGGGGAUUUAUUCAACAAUUUCUGACAUUUUACUGUAAUCCCCAUUCACCGACGGUAAAGUGUCCGUGUGGGCUCCCAUUUGUUAUAACACCAGCACUUUUGUCCGACCAGAGUCCAAAGUUUGGGGUUAUAUAACACUUUGAGGUUACAAUCUAAGGAUAUGUAAACUACAAAUUAAAAACAUUUAAUUAUUCAAUUUUAAAAUACUUUAAACGAUAUAGAUGAAAAUGCAUGAAAAUUAUACUUUACCUAUGUUUAGUUGGGAAAUGCACAGCUAAUCGAUCCAAAUUAAGGCAGCCAAACUAUGAAAUAUUUACAAACGAACGGAGAGGGCGUCAACAAUAUACGAAUGUGAUAUCGAUAUUGCAUUCCACCAGCACACCUACAAGGCAAUAAUACGAUACGAUACACUCACGAAGACAAACGAUAAUUGUGGUGAUAACUGAUAAAGGUCUGCAAGCGUAGACUAUACUUUGUUAUUACACGUGACUACUUGCAUGGAGAGAGUUAUGGCUGCUGUCAAGAUGACGCAGUAGUGAUCAUCGUUGUUGCAUCUCAACUAAUAAAUGUCUGUUGUAUAUACAUUUAAAGAACUGCCUACUGGACUUUUGAUUUAUAUAGCCUAAGUUCUAACCAUGGUGUCAGAUCCUGCAUUAUUAUGCUGAGUAACCCACCAAGCUUUGAGAUGGAGGAAUCAUUGAAAUCAGGCCAGUUCAUUCCAUUUUCUCCCUAACCCCCGUGAGGAGAGAGAUGGUGAAAGACAAAGAGCUUAUUGUAUUCAUGUGUAUCAGUGAAUGACCAUUGCUAUAUGUGUGAUGUUAUGUCCAUAGAAGUUGGCUAUGUCGUUGUCUGGAUUUGGAGUGCAUGAAUGUGCCUGGCCAAAUUACAGUAUGACGGACAGUUAGCGUGACGUUUAUGGGACAUGAACAUUCUAUCUCAGUGAGAGUAGUAACAAUUGAGCAAACAUAAUUGUUGGAAAGAUACAAAUACUUGCUAAUUAUUAUACUGUUCAUGAGUAUAUGCACAAGUGAUAUUGGUAUGUUAAAGUUACUAAACUAAAAAGUAAGACAAAGUUACUAACAUUAACGAUACACAGAAACAAAGACAACAACAGACAAAAUGACAAAUCUAAGUCAACCUCCUCCACUUGACUUAAAGGGAAAUAUUUCCGAGAAUUGGAAAAGAUUCAAACAAAAAUUCACUCUAUACACUGUUGCCUCAGGAAUGACAGAAAAAAGAUGACAAGUCACAAACAUCAAUGCUUCUACACGUAAUUGGUGAUGCUGCCUUGGAAUUGUAUAAUACAUUUGUAUUUGCCGAGGAUGAGAGCAUGAAGCUUGAGAAAGUGUUGGACAAAUUUGAGGAAUAUUGCAUGCCAAAACGUAAUCUAACGUAUGAGAGACAUAGAUUUUUCACAAGAUCACAAUUAGAGCAUGAGAGUGUUGAUCAGUAUGCAACUGAAUUGCGAAGUCGUGCACAGUCGUGUGAGUUUUCUUCGUUGAAAGAGAGUCUUAUACGGGACAGAAUUAUCUGUGGUAUCUUAGAUGAUGGUCUAAGAGAGCAUUUGUUGAGGCUAGAUGAUCUCACAUUGGAUAAAACGUUGCAAGUUUGUCGGGUUGCUGAACAAACUCGAACGCAGGCCCAAGCGUUGAGUUCCUCCGGAGAAAAUGCCUCAAUUCCGGUUGAUUCUCUCGGCAAGAAUAAGAAAUCUUCUGGUAAAAAGUCAAACCAAACAAGACAAACAAAACCUCAAGAUCGUACUAACAAUAACACAUGUACAAGAUGUGGUCAUAGACAUACCAAAGAAAAAUGUCCUGCACAAGGUAAAACAUGUAAAAAGUGCGGUAAGCAAAAUCAUUUUGCUAAGUGUUGUCGUACCCCAGUAGCAAAAGUCAAUGAAUUGCAACACUUAAAGGUAGAUUCAGAUGGUUUCAUGAUUUGUUCAGUUGAUUCACAGGAACAUGAAUCAAAGGAAGAGUGGAAAGUCAAUUUGAGGGUCAAUAAUGAGCUAGUUGAGUUCAAGAUAGAUACUGGAGCUCAAGCUAACACUCUCCCUGAAACAAUCUACCACAAAUUGAAACCGAAACCAAAACUACAAAAAGCCAAAGUGAAGUUAACAGGUUACUAUGAGACUAACAUUCCAGUAAAAGGUCGUUGUUAUGUCCAAAUGGAGUACAAAGGAAUUAAACACAGUGUUCAAUGUUUCAUCAUUCCUGGAAAUCGUCAACCAUUGCUAGGUCUCAGGACGAGUGAAGAGUUGUAUCUAGUAAAACGCGUCUAUCAUGUUGAUAAACAAACAGAGAUAAAAACAGGCAAAACUGUAGUGCAAGAUUAUGACAAUGUAUUUGUAGGAUUAGGAUGUCUUCCAGGCAAACAUCACAUUACAUUGAAAGACAAUGCACAACCAGUUCAACAUGCAUGUCGCAAAGUUCCAUUUCCACUUCAAAAGAAACUAAAAGAGGAACUAGAUAAGAUGGAAAAUAUGAAUGUAAUCAAACAGGUUGAUGAACCGACAGAUUGGGUGUCUUCUCUUGUUGUAGUCAAGAAAAAGAAUGGUCAACUCAGAGUCUGUCUUGAUCCGCGUGAUCUUAAUCGUGCAAUCAAAAGAGAACACUAUAAAUUGCCUUCUAGAGCUGAAAUAACCUCUCAGUUUGCUGGAGCCAAGUAUUUCAGUAAAUUAGAUGCAUCAAGUGGUUUUUGGCAAAUCCAACUAGAUGAAGAUAGUUCCAAGCUUUGUACAUUUAUCACUCCGUACGGAAGAUAUAGAUUCUGGAGACUACCUUUUGGUAUUUGCAGUGCUCCUGAAGUAUUUCACAAGAUAAUACAUAACUUGUUCGUAGAUAUACCUGGUGUCAAUACCAUGAUGGAUGACAUAGUGGUAUGGGGAAGCACUCAAGAAGAGCAUGACGAUCGUCUGAGAAAAGUUCUAGACAUCGCACAAAAAUCAAACCUGAAACUCAAUCGAGACAAGUGUGAGUUCAAUGUGAACCAGAUGACUUUCAUUGGUGACUUGAUCAGCCAAGAUGGAGUCAGACCAGAUCCUAAAAAGGUGGCUGCCAUCAGAAACAUGGCAAGACCAACCUGUAAACAGGACAUACAAAGGUUCUUGGGGAUGAUAAACUACCAAGCAAAAUUCAUUCCAAACCUAUCAACAAGGUCAGCAUCUCUACGUAUUUUGCUUGACAAGAAAGUAGAGUGGAUGUGGGAAAAUGAACAAGAAAAAGCAUGGUGCGAGUUGAAAGAAGCUCUAAUGAGUCAACCAGUGCUUCAUUUCUAUGAAAGCACAAAACCCACAAAGAUAUCAGCUGACGCUUCAAAAAAUGGACUAGGAGCAGUUCUCCUACAGCAACAUGAACAAAAUUGGCAUCCAAUAGCUUACGCAUCAAGAGCUAUGACUGAUGCAGAAACACGUACGCUCAGAUAGAAAAAGAACUCUUAGCUAUCACUUACGGAUGUGAAAAAUUUCAUCAAUAUAUCUAUGGUCAAAAGAUAGAAGUUGAAACAGAUCACAAGCCACUUAUCCCAUUGUUUGUUAAGUCAUUGGCAGAUUGUCCUUUACGCAUUCAAAGAUUACUAAUCAGAGUACAGAGAUAUGAUCUCAACGUAUCAUAUACACCUGGAAAGUACAUGUUCACUGCCGAUACACUGUCACGAGCAGUAGAUCCAAAAGCAGAAUUGAAUGUUGAAACUGAAGAAGAUAUCAGAGUCUAUGUAGAUAUGAUAGUAAAAGCAUUGCCAGUAACAUCAAACAAAAGACAAGAAAUUGUUGAAGAGACCAAAAAAGAUGUAGAGCUUCAAGAGUUGCUAGCCACCAUCAGAAAUGGUUGGCCAGAAAGUAAGCAACAAUGUCCAGCUAGAAUAAAACAGUACUGGAACAUUCGAAGUGAACUCUCUGAAGCAGAUGGAAUCUUAUUCAAAGGUUCUAAAAUAGUAAUUCCAACUUCCAUGAGACGAUACAUACUAAACCAAGUACACGAAGGUCACUUAGGCAUUGAGAAAUGUAAGAAACGUACUGCUAGGGAAGUAAUCUAUUGGCCAAGAAUCAAUGCAGACAUCACUGAAAUGGUCCAAAAUUGUACUUCAUGCCUAAUGUACAAACCAAAACAACAGGCUGAAAGCCUAAAUCCACAUGCCGUGCCUAAUCGUCCUUGGGAAAAAAUUGCAGUAGAUCUAUUCACUUUGAACAAAAGAGAAUAUAUGGUCGUCGUUGACUACUACUCUCAAUUCAUUGAAGUAUGUACUUUGACUUCAACUACAAGCAAGGCCGUGAUUAAUCACAUGAAAGCAAUAUUUGCUCGUCAUGGCACACCAUGUGAACUGAUGUCGGAUAAUGGUCCUCAAUUUGCAAGCCAAGAAUUCAAAAGCUUUGCAAAAGAAUGGGAUUUUCACCAUACCACAUCGAGUCCACAUUAU